GCGCCGGUUCAGCGAAGGCACGAGCCGCUGGGUGAAACAAGAGGGAGAACAGCGGCCGUGACAAAGCUCAGCAGCAAUAUCAUGAGAACUUACUAAUAAAAUAACUGAAGUGGACAUUCUCACUGACCAACUAAAACAAAGCGAUUAAAGCUGUCACGAAGCGAAACAACCGGCUGCUGUUGGUGCGGUCGACGUGACGUCAGAGCCGCCGGUGCGCUGAAGAGUUCUCAGAAUAGACUUCUAGGAAACGGUACAUUUUAAAAGCCAAGCCUUUACACUCUGUCCUUCACGCAUUUGGAUCUCAUUCUGGCUACAACACACUCCGAACCGCUGCUGUUGAAUAGUCUUUGAAGGCUUUAAAUUGUUUCUGUUUUUAUAUCACACGGUGUUCGUAUAUAAAGUACAGGAACAUCGGACCCUGUUUGGAUACGCGGAGCUCUUCCUCGUCUGUCUGUUUUUCGCCAAUAACAUACAGACUUGUAGACUUGUUCAUAUCGAAUCUAAGUUAAAGCCUUCUUUUUGAACUGGAUGUUUUUCGUUCACGCACGCAGCUUUGUCAUAUUCCUUGAUAAAGAAGAUUUACUGACCGGAUAAAACAUAGGAUUCAAGAAAUAAUAUGAUCCUGUGUGUACCAGGACCUAGAGCUCCUCUGCCCCCUGCUCCGUCCACUGAAGCCCAGCGGGGCAUGCGGGCAGGAACGGUACCUUCAACCUCAUGCCUUCAAAGCACCCCUCCACUCUGGGACCCGACAAAGGACCUCAGGGCUAUCGCCAGCAACUUCUGCUAUCUGGAAAAUUCAGGAUGGUACUGGGGAGCAGUUACAGCGUCUCAGGCACACGCUGCACUUCAGGAGGCAUCCGAAGGAGCUUUUUUGGUACGGGACAGCAGCCACCCUCUGUACAUGCUCACCCUUUCAGUCAGGACUGCACGCGGCCCCACCAGUAUACGGAUACAGUACAGUGGUGCACAGUUUCUCCUGGACUCAAGCUCCCCGGCUCGUCCCAGCCUGUCAUCAUUCCCCAAUGUGCCCAGCCUGGUGCAACACUACAUGGGACCCCAGAGGAAAGUAGAGGAGAGGAAGGUUGAGGAGCAGGCUCCUUCAAAAACCUCUCAGCAGACAAUUCAGGACACAUCGGUGGUGUUAAAACUCAAGCGGGCUGUGUACAAGCCCCAAGGUCUCCCGUCAUUACAGCACCUCACCCGCCUCGUCAUUAACAGACACUCAGACUGCCACGAACAGCUACCACUCCCAAGGCCUCUGCUGCGUUACAUACAGGACUAUCCCUUCAAGGUAUGAGGGUCCUCAGUCCAUUAUUCUGACUGACUUGAAGGAAAAAAAACAGUAACACAGGUCCAUUGUGCCUGUGGGUGAUUCUGCUGCUCCAGCUGUUGGAGGCCAGUCAUGGAAAUACUGGACACAGGUCGUGUUUGUUGACGAAAAAGAACAAAUUCAGUCCAUACUGAUGUGCCUGGUUUCAGACUUAGAGCGUCAAGUACUUGGGGGUCGUGGGGGUUGAAUAGACCCAGAAAAGACGACGUUUAAGCAAACGGUACUGUAAUCUACACUUGUUUAAUGAUGCAUAAAAUGUCCAUAUCCAUUCACGCUCAUCAGUUUUGGAUUUAAAUGAUGCUAUUAAGUAGUACACUGAUUCCAUAGAGACAUUGUUCAUGUAAUUUUAUUUUUUCUCAGUAAGACGUUUUUUCUACCUUUUACAUGUGUACAUUUUUCUAUUAAAAUAACCAACUGGA